AUGUCUCCUACCCAAGACCAGUGUCAUGCACCCGACAGCCCGGUGGCGCCAUCCGCGAAGAGUCGACUCGAAAUCAGUGACAGUGCCAAAGAUGGCAUGAAGGGCGCGGUUAAGGUGGCUACCCUGGCGCUCGGUAUGACUGCGCAAGCCACACAGAACAUACCGUAUUUGGGCGCCAUAUCGACUGCACUCACAGAGUUCAUGAAAAUCCAAGAUGAGGUCGAUCAGUGCAAGGACGAAUGUAAGGCGACGAUGGCCCAUGCCAAAGAAAUGAAGAGGAUGGUCGAACGGUUCCGGGACAAGUGCAUCGAGUCCGGACGGGGUGAGGGCGCAUUGAACACUUCCCUUCGCGAUGCCUUUUCCGAGCUUGAAGAGAUUGUGCUCGAGUGCAUCUUGACUCUUCAGAAGUGCAAGGUCGAUCCCAAGCGAAAGCGCGAUCGCGUCCGCCUGUACUUGAAGCGAUCCGAUCUCGCCAAGUCGGUCAAGGAGUGUUCUUCCAAGUUAGCGAAGGCGGUUCAGCAGUUCAACACAACUCUGCAAGUCGACCAGGUCAUCAUCUUGGAGGAUAUGCGACUCACCCUCAACAAUAUCCGCGAGACGCAGACUUCUGGCGUAUCUCAAGUUAAAACGCCUGUAGUAUCGUCCAAGUGGCGGCUGCGUGCUGCGAACUCCAUCUUUCACGGCCGCGAAGCAGAGGUGAAGACGGCUGUCGAUCUCUUCACUCGCCGAGCACCUGCCCGUGUAGCCGUCUUAGGCCCCGGUGGUAUAGGAAAGACUUCCGUCGCUUUGGCAAUCCUGCACGACCCCGCAGUAAGGGCGCUUUACGACGAUCGGCGUUGCUUCAUGUCGUGCGAAGCCACCACGACUGCCGAUGCCGUCGUGCGUUCUCUCGCAGACGCUCUGGGGGGUUCUAUCGCAGACAAUAGCUCGUUUGAGGCCGCAUGUCAUCGUUUAUUCUCUCAGUUGGAGACAAUGUCGGGGAUUAUCUGCCUAGACAACUUGGAAACACCUCUCGAUGCCGAUAAGCCUGCGCUCGAGGUGCUAUUGAACGAGAUCGCUGCGCUGCCCUCGAUCGCUCUAUUGAUCACGAGCCGUGAUACGAGCAUACCGACUAUCAAAUGGACGUCACCUCCCCUCCCCCACAUUCAGCCCUUCUCCCCGGAAGCUGCUCUCGCAACCUGGGACGACAUAUGUGAUCAGCACGACGAAUACGCCAUGAAGCUCGUCGAUGCGGUUGACUCUAUGCCACUAGCGGUCACUCUGCUCGCGCGCAUGGCCGCUGUUGAGGGAAGUGCGAAGCGGAUCUGGGAUCGCUGGGAGAAGGAGCACAUCGACCUCGUUCGCACAGGUGGGAAGAAGCACCGUUUGUAUAGCGUCGCUGAAUCGAUAGACCUGUCACUUCGUGCUCUGAGCGACCGAAACGCGGUCAUUGACGUACUCUGUAUCAUCUGCCUCUUCCCGGAGGGGCUUUGGGAGGGAUACAUACCGCGAUUGGAAUCCGCGUUCAGGGAUCAUUCAAUGUCUGUCAGUCAUUAUUUGGCAGAACUAAGGCAGUUCAGUCUAAUCUAUGUCGAGGAACCCCCGCGGGGUUGGCUGUCUGAGAUUACUCGCUUCUACACACUCUCACCCAUCCGUCACCAUAUUCUGCAGCACUACCUAUCCGAUGACAUGUUCAUCACUCUCGCUGAUCACGCGGUCAAACACUCUUGGGCUUCCGAUGGUCUUUGGGAGCUGGGCCUGGGUCGCAUAGGGCCCUGUCGCGAUCAUUGUCUUCGCCUAGCGAUGUUGCAACCAUCUCGCAUAGACCAAGCUGCACUGCUCUUACAAGCUCUCGACGAGACCGAGUCUCGCGGACUUGAGCCUCGAACACAGGCAAAUAUUCUUCGCCAGUUGGGGCUUGUCUUGUCGAAGCGUCAGGGUGGACUCACGGAUGCCAGAGCCAUGUAUGAAAGGGCUGUCAGGAUCCACGAACAGCUGGGAGAAAAAUGCGACCUGUUCUCGGACUGGGUGGAAUGGAUUCGAACUUGUCUUGGCGAGUCUGAUGAGAAUGGAGGGCUGUGCGAACCCCUCGAAGACAUGCAAGGAGCCAUCUCAACAGCUUGGAGAAGUGGUCGCGAUGCGUCCAUAUGGGGCUCAGACGGAUCCCUCUUCAACGAGUACAGGAUUGUGGCGAACGCGCAACACAUGGUCAAUGAGGAACGACGCAGGCUAGACAUGUCCAUCAUCCAUCGCAGUGGGUUGUACUCGGACAGCACGUCCACGGCGAAUCUGCACGCCGGCCAUGGGUUCUGGGGUCAGGAGAAGGAAUGUUUUAUUCGAUUGCUACAGGAGUCAGCUCCGCCUUGGGAUCUUGCCUUGAUACUCGAAACACAUCGUACGCUCGGGCACGUCAGGACCGCACUGCCGCACAGCGAGACAGACGUGGAGGAUUCUGAACAGGCGAAGGAUUUUGAUGCGGAGGAGCGGGAAAGUGGUGACGGGCGGGGUGGGGAUGCGGAGGGUGAUGGCGAGGAGCGAACGCGAGAGCCCGCCAAGCCUGCGUAUCAAGGUGGUCGGUCCGAAGACUGA